AACUAAUACAAUAAAUAUUGGCAGCAUUACAAAUUAAACGUCAGAACUGAUGGAUUGAAUUUCGGCAUAAAAGUGGUAAACAAAGCAUGGGCAAAUCGAAGGAAAGCAGUACAAGUAAAUCGCAUAAGAAGUCUAGUAAAUCACAUAAAAGCGAUGCACCAAAGCAAUUUGACGAUAUAAGCAAAGUGUCUUCCAUUAAUCGUAAACAAACUGAAUUAGCACGUGUACUGCAGAUUAAAUGUGACAUGAUCGUCCAAGGAAAUUUAUCAUAUUUGGAAUACAUUGAAUUACGAGAUGAAAUUAGGCGUUUAAAUGCAAUGAAGGAGAUAUAUUCUAGAAAGAUCAUUAGUUUAGAAAACUUGUAAAACAGUGGUGGCACAGCGCUGAUUUCCUUAAUGUGUUAUAUUAGUGAUAUAAUUUUAAAACGUUUGAUUUUAUACAAAAUGUUUAUAAAUAUUAUUAAUAAUGCAUUUUUAAAAAAUAUAGCAUUAAAUUUAUGUAAUGCUUUGCUAACUUUAAGACGAAUAUGAAAUUCUAUAUACAUUCAUA